AUUGACCUCAUGAAUUUGUGUAGCCCAAGCCCAAUAGCUUCAACCGCCAGCCCAUCAAAGGUGCUAGCUCCGGCGGCCCUCCUCGCGUCGCCCCUUCGCCACUCCCCAUCGCACCCUCCUCACUCAGCGGUCCUUGUCCUCCGCUCCUCCUGUCGCGGAAAUCGGAAUCCCCUGCUCGGCCGUCGUCGCCGUCGCCGCCCCCGCCGCCUCCUGUCACUCCACCAGAUCCAUAGCGGCUAGCGCUGGACGCCGGCGCUUGCAAAUCGAGGGUCAGCGCAGCGAAUCAGUGCUAGCGGCGGGCAGGCAAAUCAGCGCGGACAGGUCGCGUAUUGGGGUCGAAUUGGACCGACGCGUCCGCGCGGGCAAAUCCUAGAGGCCGUGCUCGUGCCGUACUGAUACGGCUGCGGCCUGCCGGCCGACGUUGCUCAUUUGCGCACAGGACAGGCGACGGUCUCCAGCUCGAGUUCGGCGCCCCGGGCGGCUGGCAGCAGCAGAAGAGCAGGGCCUGGAUGCUGAACCAAUGGUGUCAGGCUUUGGCUGCUCUUACGCUGUCACUGGAAGGAAGCGCGUAAAGUUGUUGGCAGCCGAGUCAUCGGAUGGUGAACCCCUCGGCUGUUGCGUGCCAAUAUGUGAUGAUUCACUGGGGGACUUGAUUGAGUGGUGCUCCGAGUGGCAUCACAUGCCUUCCGAUUGUGGUGAUCAAACACAACACACUGGUGUGUUUGCUGCAAUGCAAGAAUACACCUGUUCCACUGGUAACAAUGGUGUGAUUUAUCCACAAUCUGGGAUUAGCCAUUCAUCUGGUCAAAAUGGGGCACAGGGCACAUACUUGCAACACCAACAUUUUGAAGGCUGCAUGUAUAUGAGCGGGAAUGGACAGAUGUGCGGACCUUACCUGCCUGAACAACUGUAUGAGGGGCUAUCUAGUGGUUUCUUGCCUCAAAGCCUUGCUAUCUAUGCUGUUUUUGGUGGGAAAACAGUCGAUCCUGUGCAAUUGAUCUUUCUGAAACAAUUCCUUUCACAAUGGAAUGUCGGUGCCGUGGCUUCCACCCCAAAUGUAUCGACAGAGACAGAGAGAGUGACUUCCCAUGCUAAAAUGGUUUUUCCAGAUUCUCUUUCAAGUGAAGAAUCAUGCUGGAUGUUUGAGGAUGCAGAAGGUUGCCGACAAGGGCCACAUUCUCUUGCUGAACUUUCCUAUUGGCAUCACAAUAGCUAUAUCCAAGAUCUUUCAAUGAUUUACCAUGUUGAUGGCAAAUUUGGCCCAUUCACACUUGUAUCACUGAUGGGUAUGUGGAGUGGGGAACACACAGAGCGUUCGGAGGCCACAGCUAACGAGUCUGCAUCAUUGAAUGGCUUAGUGGGUGACAUGGUUGAUGAUGUUAGCCAUCAGCUGCAUGCAGGGAUUAUGAAAUCAGCUCGCAGGGUUUUAAUCGAUGAAAUAUUCAGCUCUAUACUUCCAGAUUUAAUUGUUUCCAAGAAGACUGAGAAGCAACUUGCUGCAAAACUUAAGAACCAAGUUACUAAGUCUGGCAGUGUGAGCAACAAGAAGGAUUCCACGGCUAAGGUCAAAGUUAACACAUUGUCUACUAUUCCAAAAAAAGGAAACUCCUAUAAUACAUCCCAGGUGGAUUGUUUAGCGGAAAUUCAAUCUACAGCAGUGCAUGGUAAAUUUGCUGAUAUAGUAUCAGCAGUUUGGCAAACAGUCUAUCACGAAUCCAUGAAUAAUGUAUGGGACGAAAUACUGUCUGAACGUGUUAUGGACUACUGUGAUGUAUGGUUACAGAGAAAUUGUAUAUUGAAUCUGCCCUCUACAAGUAUUUCCGUCAUCUCUGAUGAUAACAUAAAAGCCCAAGGCAGUCAUGAAUUGUCACCAAAGGAUUUAGAUGCUACUGAAUGUGACAUGGACUUUCCACCUGGAUUUGGACCAUGUUGGAAAUCUCCUGAGAGCUCCCUCUCUCCAUCCCUAUUAGAAGUUAAUGGAAGUGCUAAGUUGGAUGGGAAGUCUGAAUCAAGUACCACAUUAUUUUCUGGCCCCUUAGCAGUAGUCCAGAGGAUGCUGGCAAAUGAACUAUAUAUCUCAUCGAAGCAAUCUUUAUUUCACUAUUUUGAGGAGGUUAUUGCAGACGAUAUAACAAAUUGUUUAUGCUUUGGACUUGAAAGCAAUAUUGAUCAGGAACAGAUUGGUACUCCUAUACACGCACCAGAAUCACCCAUUUCAGCCGAAACGUCUAUGCAUGAAACAGCCAAUUCCAUUGAGAUGACUGGAGGCGAUGUACUGAAUAUUGUUGAAAUAGCCACGUCCACAAGAACCAGUCCACUUGAAAUGACUGUAGAUGAAAAGCUGAAUACCGUUGAAGCUACAAGAACCAGUCGAACUGAACCGACUUCAGUUGAAACAUCAACUGUUGCUGAAAUGGCAACAGAUAAAAUGACCACUUAUCAUGUGGAAGAGCACUUAUCCAUGUCGUAUGCAAGGGUAUUUGAAAAGAUGAACAUAUGUAAGACAGCAGAAUUGGAUGAGAAAUUUGAUGAAGUGCCUCCUGGAAUGGAGACUGGCUUAGUCCCUUUACCACUUAUGGACAAAAAUAUAUAUCAGCCUUCAAAGUCAGUGAACUCUAUUCCUUUGAUUUCUAGAUAUAUAACAUUGGCUCUCUGUCGGCAAAAACUACAUGAGAAUGUCGUGAGAGAGUGGACAUAUCUCUUCUCAGAUACAAUUAGCAAGUGCUUGGGCUCAUGGUACACCAGGAGAAAUGCUGUACCUAAAAGCGCAGACGGAUCAUCAAAACUCAAAGAAAAAACAUACUACAGGAAGAGGAAAUUCGAGAAAACAUGUCAAGCAAAAUCAUCAAAAAGACCAGUGGAAAUCUCAAUGGACGAGCAGCUUUCAAAACCUCUCUGUCAGCUUGUUGACCGCAAGAUUUAUGUGAAAAAUAUCCAAGAACCAAACAAAUCUUUGACAUCAAAGAGAGUUUCAUUUGUGGACAAGCCCUCCGAAAAAGGAGCCAAAACUGUGGCUAAUGAUGCUUAUGAUUUGAAUAUCCAGCAAGAUCUGACACUCCUUUCCAGUGAGGUGCCAAAAAGAGCCAGGUCAUCUCAUCCAACUAAGAAGCAUAUGGUUGCUAACAGGACACCUACGGUGAAUGAUAAUGUGGCGAAUAAUAGUAUGCUCACGAAACAUGUCAAGAAAAAAAAGGGCAGGAACAUUUCCAGUGAGACCAGUCAGAAGGUAAAACCGGUGAUCUCAUGCCCAGAAUCAGAUGGUUGUGCUAGAGCUUCCAUUAAUGGAUGGGAGUGGCGCAAUUGGGCACGGAAUGCUACUCCGUCGGAAAGGGCUCGUGUGAGAGGGUACCAUGUUCGGACUAUUCUUUCUGCCUCAAAUGAUAAUGUGUGGAAAAAUUCUCAAGCAAAGGUUUCAUCUGCAAGAACAAAUCGGGUUAAACUGCGAAAUCUGUUAGCAGCCGCUGAAGGUUCUGAACUGCUGAAAAUUACCCAAAUGAAGGCAAGGAAAAAGCGUUUGCGUUUUCAAAGGAGCAAGAUCCAUGAUUGGGGUCUGGUCGCACUUGAGUCGAUCGAAGCAGAAGACUUUGUAAUAGAAUAUGUUGGUCAACUGAUUCACCGGCGGGUAUCUGACAUACGUGAGUCUCAAUAUGAGAAGAGUGGGAUUGGAAGCAGUUACCUCUUUCGCUUGGAUGAUGAUUUUGUGGUCGAUGCCACUAAGCGUGGUGGGUUAGCAAGGUUCAUAAAUCAUUCUUGUGAGCCAAAUUGCUACACAAAGGUGAUCACUGUUGAUGGACAGAAGAAGAUUUUCAUUUAUGCAAAGAGGCGUAUAUAUGCCGGUGAGGAAAUCACAUAUAAUUACAAAUUUCCAUUGGAGGAAAAAAAGAUACCGUGCCAUUGUGGUUCUCGGAGGUGUCGUGGAUCAAUGAACUAAGAAGGCCAUCUUUUGAGGUUGUUGCAACACUUAUGAUUCUUGGCUGUGUGCAACUCAUCAAUCAGGAUUUACAUCAAUAUCAAAAUAUGGAGUGCACGAACAUGCUGGACAGCAAGAACAAACUGCCGCAUUAUACUUAUUUAAGCUAUAUUGGUCAGACUAAUUCCACGGUAUCCCAAGGAUGGUGCAAGAGGAAGCCCAUACUGCGCUGCCCUGUGGAGGUCGCGAGCAUGGGAAAUCAGUUGAGGAUGGGCUGAGCUAGUAAAGGGUUGUUUUCUGACAAGGCCAGUACUAUUGUUUUUUUUGACAUACCUGGGUGGAGUUGCGAACUCUUGUACAGGCGCAGGCUUUACUUAUUACAUUGUUUGGAUUGGGGAUAUAGUUCACAUGGUGCAUAUGAAACGGUUAGAUUGGUUUAAAUUCUCUACCUCGUCCUUAAAUCAUUUAUCAUACUAAUUAGUUAUUGAAAGAUGAAACACCCGAACCACUAGUUCUUGUAAUACUUCCACUGCUUUUGUGAAGGAUGUUAUGAGCAUCAAACCGAACUGAAUGGAUGCCCUGCUCCUGUUGAUCAACUUGACUUGAAUGGACGGUCCGGUCCCUAUUUGAUGUGGAUGCAUGGAUGGCAGUAUGAAACUAGCCACUGGAUGACCAUUUUCUGCUUCAGUGCAUCCUGGAAAUAAUAAAGCAUCUAUUUUCCACCAGGGUGUACACGUUUUGCAGCAAUAAUCUAGACUACCUUUUGGUUUUAGCUAUCUCGUCCAUUCCGAAUGGCGUGGAAAGGAUCUACUUACUGUACCCUUGGUGUCACUUUGUGCACAUCCUAUUCUAUAGUAGUGCACUGGGGUACAAGUUGUCUUUUUGUAAAAGCGGUGCAAGUGUUUUAUUCAUGGACCUACUGUUCUUGCAUGCAGGUACCAAAUCUGCUAGGGCUUGCUUGUCGUCGGUUCAUCCAUGAGGUAUACGCGUGUAGGCGUCCACGAAUUUUUCAAAUGAGUGGUAUGUGUUCCAUCUCUUGAUUGGCUGUCUAUAUUCGUGCAUUUUUUAUUAUCAAACAAUAGAACCGCUAACUCACAAAUACUCAUGUUUUGGACAAGAUACAGCCAGAGUUUUGAGACCCUGACUACCAAUAACCCUUUCAAAGAUUUAGUUUAUUUAGAGGCAAACAUGCCUCACAAAGUCACAACCUCAUAAAAUCUACGAGCUUUUAUUUACAAAUACGUCUCGAUAAUGAAGUUUGGAGACAACAAGUAUCACAUGUACUGAAAAGACACUUCUGUGAUCUCAUCAUGCCAACGGAGGGAUUCUGUAACAUGUUACAACAGAAAUACAAAAUAGUGGCCACAAGCAUACAACGGAGAACAUGUCAUGUCAAGUAUUUUUAAUGGCAUGGAACAUUUCUCUCUUUUUUACCAUGAAAGCUCGAGCCUCGAGCGAACACUGCCUCCUGAUUCACACUGUUUUGUGUUUAGCCAGAGGGAUUAGGUUUGGCAGCUCGACAAGGUUAGCCUACGCAAUAUGGCCAAUGAUUAAUCUCCUCCUCCCCACCCCCCAAAAAAAUAAAAAAAAAAAUUGCCUUGGGCUUUUGGGCCUAGAUGUGAGCCCGAGAUUAUGGAUUUCUUCCUGGGCCUGCCUCUUGGCCAAUACUCCUACACCAUCUCCUUACAGCAGCCCCAACACAGUGGCUUUGGUGUAUGGUUUGAAAGAAUGGUUGUUAAGGCUCAGAUGAAAAAAUGGGUGUCCUGCAGGUGACAGUGAUAUCUGCAGAAGCUAUGUUAGUUUCAAGAGAAAGAAGGUGAGGACCACAAAAAUUAUUAGGGAAGUAGAGAAAAGGAGAGAGCCGUGUGGACAAUAAAAAACCACAACUGUGCUGGAUAUUUAAAAGUUCUUCAUUUCCAUUUGAACCUACUGUUUUUGAAUGAAACUGCCACGGCCAUGUUUUAUAUUACAAAAGUGAGCCCAGUUCCACGUGAAGAUCGAAGUUGUCGAGUACUCCGUCCGGUCAAAAGUGCCCGAUGUUUUGGAUGCGUACUUCAACCAUUAUUUUAUCUGGCUACAUUUAUAAAAAUCUAGCAAGUACAUAAGAUUCGAACAGAGAUCUGUGUAUCUUAAAACUUAGUUGUUAUCCGUAGUUAAACUUUCACAAGCUUGUCCCGAUCUCUUCUCCAAAAGGGCCGGGACCGGCUGAAGUAUUAUUAAAUAAUACUCCCUUCGUUUCUGAGUUAAGAUGUUUAUGACAGGAUAAUUACUUUAUUUUUAAACUAAUUAGCUUGUUCUAAACACUAUAUACUCUGUCUCUUCAUUUUGAAUCGAAUUGUAUAAGCCGUUUUAGUUUUGCCAUAAGUUAAACUUUUCUAUUUGUUUACCAAGUUUAUGAAAAAUAUAUAUAUUAAUAUCUAAAUAUCAAAUAAUGCACUAUUAAAAUAUAUUUCAUUGUAUAUCUGAUGAAUCUUGUUUUAAUAUUUCAUUAUAUUAUUUUAAAGUUGCUUGCAUUAUUAAACAAAAAAUGCCGCGUCGAAGAACUCGACCAGGGGGAGAGGUACACCAUUAGCCUAUAGGCUGGAUAGCAAAAACAAGGCCACGUAUAACUUGCUGUAGGUGACUUUUUGCUCUCGAGUAAAAUUAUCUCGACGAGAUUCUCAGUUUAUCGUGGGUCAACUGGUCAUGCUCACUAGAUGGUAUUAAUGGUAGGAAAAUGAAUCCUCGGCAGUAUGAUUUUGAUGUUUGAUUACUAGUGUUUUUGAUAUACUCCCUCCGUUUCUUUUUAUUUGUCGCUGGAUAGUACAAAAUUACACUAUCCAGCGACAAAUAAAAAGAAACGGAGUACUAUCCAGCGACAAAUAAAAAGAAACGGAGGGAGUAGUUUAAAGGAUGUAAAGUAGACUUGAAAUCAGGUAAGUAAAGUGAUGAUCCGAAUGAUCAACCUCUCAAGCAAGACUUUAGAAGCAACAUUGAAGACUUGAAAAAGGCUACAAAAGUCCAAUACAUAAUAUAGAGCCAAAUCGGGCGAAGGUAAUGAAGAAACAAAGUAAAAGAGGAUUCUAUAGAGCAUCCAAUCCUGUGGGGCGUUAGACCCUGAGGAGCCUCGGUCUAUAUGAUCGAUGGCAUGUUUGGUUCGCUGUUUAACUUUUGUGUCUAAGAUUAGUUCUUCAAUUCUAGCGACUAACCUUAGAUAAAGUGUGGUAUAAUUAUCCAUGAAUCAAACAGGCUCCAAGUAAACGCUAGUUGGCAUCAGCAGGAGCGUUGAACCAACAAUGGUGUAGUAUAAAGGAUUUUACUUCUCGUGCUCAGAGGAGCAUUGUAUCAAGUGUUGGACCAACAAUGGAACGUGGCGUCGGAUCAAACGGUCUCACUAUCCAUGCUUAGAGGAGUCAGGAGUGAAAGACCGAGCAUGUGUAGAGGCAUCAGAUCACCGGAGAUGGAGUCUAACGGUCUCCAAUAAGGUUCUAGAGAGGUUUGUUUUAAGGGUGUCGAACUGGUUUGACAAGGAUUGUCAGACUAUACGCUACAUAGGGGUGCAUCAACGAUUGACAAUGGCUACGUUUGAUAUAUACCUCCUCCAUUUCUUUUUAGUUGUCGCUGGAUAGUUCAAUUUUGUACUAUCCAGCGACAACUAAAACGAAACGGAGGGAGUAGUUGCCAUUGAGUUGGUGGACCCUAACACAAUGGUUGGACUGGCACAUGUCAGGCGAGGCGAUUCGACGGUGUGCAGUGAUAGUUUUUGAUGUUCCAACAUAUAUCUCUCACCUUGGGGGGCUAUAAACAUGACCUUAACCGGCCAAAUAAGGGGGGUGUGGACUCAAAAAAGACUCAUCUCUUAUAGCUCAAGCUCGAUGAUUAGCAUAACUGCUUUAUGAAAUGCUUACGUUAGAUAGACUGCCAAUUAUGUGCUUUUUCUUAGUUCAAGCCUAGUGUUUAGUGAUAUUUGCAUACCUCAAAAUCCUGGGUGCUUGCGCCCCCAUAUUUCUAUUCAAAGAAGCUUGUAGUCUUGUGAGAUCAUAUCAAUCGUGUUUGUGGUGUGGCCACCAUCAUAUAGGAAAGAACAUGGAUCACAAUGUUACGAUAAAAAACUUGAUAGUGAGAACGGUGGGGAGUAAGUCCGAGAGAGGCCAUUCUGAAGACUCACUUAUGUGUGGCGAAGGUCUAGGUCUAUUCACAGAGUUAUCCGAUCGAGAGCUUAGUCUUUACACAAGCAUCCUUGCGAGGCACUUCAAUGACGACUAGGGAAAGCUUCCGCGCUUCUUGAUACCUCAUUAAAAAAAUAUUGGAGUCGUUGAUCUUGUCUUGCGUCUCUAUCUUAAUCAUGCUUCCACGCUUUACUUAUUAUUUAACUAGUUUGUGUGUUUAUUUUUCUAGUUUAGAUCGCUAGGCUAAGUGAUAUGAUUGAUACAUAGGUUGUGUAACCACUCCUUUGCGGUUGCGGUAGGGAUAUGAACACACAUAUAGGUAAGCCUAGUGUUUAGUGAUAUUUGCAUACCUCGAAGUCUUGAGUGCUUGCACCCCCCCAAUAUUUGUAUUCAAAGAAGCUUGUAGUCUUGUGAGAUCAUAUCAAUCGUGUUUAUGGUGUGGCCACCAUCAUAUAGUAAGGAACGAGGAUCACCGUGUUACGAUAAAAAACUUGAUAGUGAAAACGGUGGGGAGUAGUCCGAGAGAGGCCAUUCUGAAGACUCACUUAUGUGUGGCGAAUGUCUAGGUCUUAUUCACAGAGUUAUCCGAUCGAGAGCUUUGUCUUUACGCAAGCAUCCUUGCGAGGCACUUCAAUGACGACUAGGGAAAGCUUCCGCGCUUCUUGAUACCUCAUUAAAAAAAAUCGGAGUCGUUGAUGUUUGAUGUCGGUUUGCGUCUCUAUCUUAAUCAUGCUUCCACGCUUUAUUUAUUAUUUAACUAGUUUGUGUGUUUAUUUUUCUAGUUUAGAUUGCUAGGCUAAGUGAUAUGAUUGAUACAUAGAUUGCGUGACUCCUUUGCGGUUGCGGUAGGGAUAUGAACACACAUAGUUAAAAUGACAAUUGCAUGUAUAUAUAUUUUAUUUAUUUCAUAGUUUAUAACUAUAUAAAAAAUUCAAGUUAUUAGUUUUAAGUAUUUUUUUAGGUUGUCUAAUUCACACACUUUUAGGCGUCAUCAUCCCCUUCAUUACCUAAUGCUGUAAAUGGUAGGUCUGUUUUUUGUUUUCUGUCGAUAGGUUCUAUCAUAUAUGUAGAUGGUGUAUAUCUGUGUUUAGACAAUUAUGUAUUUAAAAAUCUAGAUAGAUGGUGCAUAUGUAUGUGUAGAGAAAACUUAUGUAUUCAAAAAAUGCUAAAAGGACGUAAGAGUCAUGGACUACGCUGCUCUUGCUUAUGUGUAUAAUCACCCGGCCAAUGCUAGCUUUGAUUGGAAGAAGAACGUAGAUCUGCUGGAGUCGUGUUGUUGGGUGUUUGGUUAAUGUUGUAGGUUAAUUAAAAUUGGUUUUAGAAGUGAAGUGUAAAGGCUAGUUUUCUUUUAUUCCUCGAAGAAGAAUGUAAAAGGACGUGCCGCUGUAAUACUACUACAUUUGUUGUAAGUAACUGCAAUAUAUACAUACGACCGUGUAUUGGUUUGUA